AUGCCGUUCCACCCGGUGACGGCGGCGUUGAUGUACCGGGGCAUCUACACCGUGCCCAACCUGCUAUCGGAGCAGCGCCCCGUGGACAUCCCUGAGGACGAGCUGGAGGAGAUCCGUGAGGCCUUCAAGGUGUUUGACCGCGACGGCAAUGGUUUCAUCUCUAAGCAGGAGCUCGGCACGGCCAUGCGCUCCCUCGGCUACAUGCCCAACGAGGUGGAGCUGGAGGUCAUUAUCCAGCGGCUGGACAUGGACGGCGAUGGCCAAGUGGACUUUGAGGAGUUCGUGACCCUCCUGGGACCCAAGCUCUCCACCUCCGGGAUCCCAGAGAAGUUCCAUGGCACCGACUUUGACACCGUCUUCUGGAAGUGUGACAUGCAGAAGCUGACGGUGGAUGAGCUGAAGCGGCUGCUCUACGACACCUUCUGUGAGCACCUGUCUAUGAAGGACAUUGAGAACAUCAUCAUGACGGAAGAGGAGAGCCACCUGGGCACAACCGAGGAGUGCCCCGUGGACGUGGAGACGUGCUCCAACCAGCAGAUCCGCCAGACGUGCGUGCGCAAGAGCCUCAUCUGCGCCUUCGCCAUUGCCUUCAUCAUCAGCGUCAUGCUCAUCGCGGCCAACCAGGUGCUGCGCAGCGGCAUGAAGUAGACGCCGCCGGGGGUGCCUGUUCGGUGCGUGGGGGGGGUGCAGAGCGCCCACCCCCCCACCCACCGCUGCCUGCAGCCCCCUCGCCCCCAGACGGCUCCCUGGGUCUCCAUUGGCGUGGACCCUCGGGGCCUGGACGCCUGGUGACCACCCGCCCACGGGCCUUGCAUGGGGCCGUGGCCUCGCUGUGGAGGGUGGCUCUGAGGAUGGCCCCCAGGCCCAGCUCUGCCUGCACCCCUUGUCUGUCCCUGCCCCCACCCGGCCUGUAUGUAGCACUAACUCUUCCUGCUGUCCAGGGGCUCCUGGAAAAUUAAGGAGGAAUUUGUACAGGAGCCCCCAGGAGCCCAGCCCCACUGCUGUGACUCCUGGGUGGGAGGGGGACCCUGCCCAAGGCUGCCACACAGCCAACCCCAACCCUAAUCCCUGAGGUUUGUUCAGGACCGUGGGCAGGGUGGAGGAGGUGGGGAUAGGAGAUCUCCUUCUGAGGUGGGGCAUAAGGCCGGGAUCUCCGGGGCCCUGCUGCCUGGCAUGGCCUGAGGAGGCUCCUAGCUUCCUGGCUGGGUCCUUCCUGGACCUUCCUUGGCCCCAAGCCCAGCCCUCCUCUUUCUCGCACUGGCUGGGGCCAGAGUCAGCCCAUUUUACAGAUGAGGAGCCCCGAGAGUUGGCCUCCGUUCUCCCCUCAACAGGGAUUUUUAGGAAGGGCAGAAGGUUGUGGAGGAUGGGGCAUCCAAGGUGGCCUUAUAGCCCCCACCUUCCGGGCCUGUCCCCCCACCAGAGGCCCAGGGACGUGAGGGCCCCGUCCUCCCACUACCCUCCAGCACAGGACCUAGAACUGUAGUGCACUAAGGACAGAAGCAGAGCUGGGGCUUGGAGACUCCAAGCAGCUGGGGAGGCCUGUGGGAUCUGCCCAUCGGCCAGCAGGCUCCUCCGGGUCAGGCCUUGGGAGGGUCCCCGUGCCACCCUAGGAAGCUCAGACAGGCUCCCCAAAUCCAGGGCUUGUCCUCCUGGGUCCCCCUACCUAUCAGUAUCCUCAAGGCUGAGGGUCCAGUUCAUGUCCCUGCCCCAGUCGUACUGUCCCACAUACUGGGGUACCAGCCCAGUACUGGCAGAGAUGGGGGGCUAGUUAGCCCUGGAGCGCUUCUCUCCGGGCCUGGAGCCACUCCUCUGUGUGGUCUGACCUCUGCCAGCCCCCGAGGGGGAAGGGCAGCAAGCAGGGAUUGGCCUGGAGAGGAUCUCAUCAUCCCAUCCUGCCUACCCCAAGAGUGUGGGGCCGGGGGAAGUGCAGCCAGAGCCAUGGGUGCAGACAGACUUUGUUUAUGAACACCCAGAAGUUCAUGGAGUGCUUCUCGCACGUCCUCUCAAGGUGUCCCAUAAAGGAGGAAGGGCAGAGGGGAGUGAGAGUGGAGCUGCCUGGUGCAGAGCUGGGUCUGGGGUGGGGACCCUGGGCCUCAGUGACGCCAGGCCAAGUCCGACAGUUUCAGAGGCUCCACAGGACACGACCUCCCUAGUUCAAGCCUUGUCUUCAUUGUGACCAAUGAGGCAGCCAAUCACCGGGGGUCAGGCAGGGGCAAAGCGCUCAGCCCCACUGCACGCUGGGCUGCAGGGGCCACCCCUCAGGUGGGGGUGCCCUCAGGGAUGGGGGCAGCUCCUGGAUGGGUGGCCAGCCCACAGGAUACUGGAAUACAGCAGAUCUGACAGGUUCAGUCCUAAAGAGGAGGACAGAGAAGGGCAGAGAAUUAAUGGGACACAGCCCAGGCCCAGGCUGGGGGCAGUUGCCCCCGUCACCCCUGCCCACCCCCAACCCGCCCCAGCUACGAGGAGGGUCAGCCUCCUACACGACUUUUCUGGAAGGCAGAGCCUUGAAAACAUGCAGACCCUUUGCGCCAGCGACCUCACCUCUAGGAACUGGGCCCAAGGAAAGAGCCGGGGGUGUAGCCAGAGAUUCAGCUACAAAAAUGGCAGCAAAAAUAUGGAAAUAACCUAAGUAUCCACCUGUGGGGGAUUGAUUGAAUACAUUAUGCACGUCCACAGCAGAGAAUGCUAUGCAGCCUGCAUAAAAAUUAUGGCAGACUUAUAUGCACUGACAAGGACAGAUGUCAUGAUGUGAGUAGGGAGAAAAAGCAGCUUAUAAAAUAAUGUAUAUAGCAUGAUACUAUUUUUGUUUAAAGAUAUAUAACAUAUAUAAAUGCAUAAAAAAAAAAACCUGGAAGACACAGCAAAAUGUUAACAGUGGUUCUAUCCGAGCGGUGCAAUGACGGGUGAUUUUCUACUUCUUUAUACUUUUCGAAAGUUUUACAAGCACGCAAGCCUUUGGAAUCAGAAAAAAAAAAAGUCUAAAAUUUUUUUUUUAAGCCUCAUUUCUCAUGCCACUCCUCCCACUGAA